UCACACCCGGCUCCUUUGAGUUACCGCCUCACCGGUCAUACGCCACCAAUCUCUCUGAAGCACCACACACCAUCACAAGAUUCUCACCGGUUCACCGGUGUCGCAGCACACCACCCAUCUCAGGCAUCGCCAGCGGCCACCGAUCCGAUGUCGUCUGCUUCUCGUAUCAUUCGCCACUCGCGCAAGUUCUGUAAUGGGCAAAGUGUUCUAUCAUCCGAGGCUUCCGUUCUGGGUAGAUAUUUUUCAACAAAUGGUAGUUCCUAUGCUGGCAAAGGAAAUGAUAUUUUAAAGGGCCGUCAAUGCGGCUUGUCUGGAAAAGAAAAUAGAUGCAUAGGGAAAGAUUUUUCCCUAUUUAAGGCAUCUUCCGAAGGGAUUUCCAAAUCUUUUGCAAGAACAAAUAUGAAUGGGAGUAUUCCAAUGGCUAGGAUGAGCUUGUCCCAUAGUUUCUCAAGCUUGCAAACAACAUUAAGGAGAGGAUUUUCAAGCAUCUCAGAGCUCCCUCCUCAUCAAGAAAUUGGGAUGCCUUCACUCUCUCCAACCAUGACAGAGGGAAACAUUGCACGGUGGCUUAAGAAGGAAGGCGAUAAAGUUUCCCCUGGUGAAGUACUUUGUGAAGUUGAAACUGAUAAAGCAACUGUGGAGAUGGAAUGUAUGGAAGAAGGCUAUAUCGCUAAGAUAAUACAUGGUGAUGGGGCUAAAGAUAUAAAAGUCGGUGAGAUAAUUUGUAUAACUGUGGAAGAAGAAGGUGACAUUGAGAAGUUUAAAGACUAUAAAACUUCUGCAAAACCUGCUGAAACUACAGCACCAUCUGAGCCAAGCUCACCGAAACAAGAGGUACCAGAGCCUGCUAAAGCCCCUGAGCCAAAACCAACAGUCUCAAAAACUGAAGAAGUUCCUCAUGGGGAUGAUCGUAUUUUCUCUAGUCCUCUUGCAAGAAAAUUGGCUGAAGAAAACAAUGUUCCUCUCUCAAACAUAAAAGGAACUGGUCCUGAUGGCCGCAUCUUGAAGGCUGAUAUUGAGGACUACUUAGCAUCAAGUGCGAAGGGUGUACCUACACAGAAGAAGGAUAAAACAGGAGCUCCAGUAUCAGACUAUUCAGAUAUCCCAAUUUCCCAGAUAAGAAAGAUCACGGCUUCACGAUUGCUGCUUUCCAAACAGACUAUUCCUCAUUACUAUUUAACUGUAGACACCCAAGUGGAUAAACUCAUGAAGUUACGCAGUGAACUUAACUCUAUGCAGGAGUCCUCUGGUGGAAAAAGGAUUUCUGUGAAUGACCUAGUUAUUAAGGCUGUUGCUUUGGCUCUUCGCAAGGUUCCUCAGUGCAAUAGUUCUUGGAUGAACGAUUUCAUUCGCCAGCAUCAUAACAUAAAUGUCAAUGUGGCUGUGCAGACUGAUCACGGAUUGUUUGUUCCAGUUGUUAGGGACGCAGACAAGAAGGGGCUGUCUACAAUUGCUGAAGAAGUGAAGCAUCUGGCCCAGAAAGCAAAAGAUAACAGUUUGAAACCAGAAGACUAUGAAGGAGGAACAUUUACAGUGUCAAAUUUGGGUGGACCAUUUGGAAUCAAACAAUUUUGCGCCAUUAUAAAUCCUCCUCAGUCAGGCAUUCUUGCUGUUGGCUCUGCUGAGAAAAGGGUGAUACCUGGUGCUGGUCCCGAUCAAUACGAGUUUGGUUCCUUCAUGUCUGUCACGUUGAGCUGUGACCAUAGUGUGAUUGAUGGUGCAAUUGGUGCGGAAUGGCUCAAAGCAUUCAAGGGCUACAUUGAGAAUCCACACUCAAUGCUGCUUUAAAAAAAUGGUGGUUUUCUCCAAUUUUGCAGGCUUUUUUUGAAUAAAUUUCAUCAGGCCAUUUGAAUAUCUUUGUUGUUUUAUAACCUCUUCCUUUUUGCCUGAUGUGCAAAUUUGAGUGCUGUAUUGAUGAGGACCAAUCUUGGGGGUUGGAAGAUGGCUGUAGAUCAAUCAAGCGAAUCAUUUGUAUUGUUUUUUCACAUUAUUUUUUAGCCUGAUUUUAGUGUUGGGAGAGCCACACUGAAGAGUGAAUGUUGAAUUGGAGGUAACCGUUGACUGUCUCUGUAAUUUGAGGAUCAUGGAGAUCAUUCCAUGCUGCAUGUUUAGCCA